CAUGUAUUCAAAUUUGUGUUAUUAUUAUAUAGAUAUUUAAAUUAUUGUUAUUGUUAUAAUUUAAAUUAAAUUACUUAUUACUCCAUUUUAUUUCUCGCGGCUUGAUAUUAAAACAUAAUCUUAUGAGCCAUAUUAUAAUCUGUUAUUCUGUUAACUUUAACUUUUGUUUGAAUUUGUGUGAAAAUCUUUUUAAAUCAUGCCUAUGAAGCAGUUGUCGUCGGAUACAAUUAAACUGAUCAGUAGCACCCAAAUUAUAACAUCAGCAUCAUCAGUAGUGAAGGAAUUAAUGGAAAAUUCCAUUGACGCCCAAUCUACAAUUAUUGACAUACGUUUGGUAAAAUAAUAAUAUUAAAAAUGAUUUGAUUUGAUAUAUGUUGUAAAUUUAACUACUAUUUUUUAAUUGAAUGAACAGGAAAAUUAUGGUCUAGACAAGAUUGAAAUACGUGACAAUGGUAUUGGAAUUUCACACAGUGACGUGCAAUUAAUGUGCUUGCGUAAUUACACUUCUAAAAUAUCUAGCAUAACCGAUUUAGGUAUGUACUUUACAACAAUGUUAAUUAUUAUAUUUAAUUGUUUAUCUUGAUGAUUAUUUAAUAUUUGAAACAGAAAAAUUAACAUGUUACGGAUUUCGUGGUGAAGCACUUAGUUCUAUUUGUGCUGUAGCUGAUGUAACUGUUAUUACAAAAUCAAAAUUUGAUAAAUAUGCAAUGACAUUCACAAUGGACAGUAAUGGGCAUGUGGUAAAUAGUUCAGUUAGUCAUCAUCAAAAUGGUACAUUAAAUAUAUUUUAACUAGAAACUAAAAUAAACAUUGAUUAUUAUUUAUGAAAUGAUAUAUUUUUUAAUAGUUAUUUUGUUUAUAACAGGCACUAUUAUUACUAUAGUCAAUCUUUUCAAAAAGUUGCCCGUUCGCAAACAGUAUUUUAGUUCAAAAAAAAAUUGUAUUAAUGAUUUACGUAGAGUGGAAAAUGUUGUUAAAUCAUUAGCAGCUAUUCAACAAGAUUUACGUGUUUCGUUAGUUCAUAAUAAAUCAGUGUUAUGGAAAAUGACGCCAGUUAAUGACUUAACAAUAAUGUUUGGACAAAUUUGGUCAUCUUCAAUGUAUAAAUAUGUAAAACAAUUGACAUUUUCAAAUGAAGAGGUUAGUUUUAUGUUUGUUUUUUUGAUAUUUAAAUAUAUGUUUUGUAUUAUUGUAUUCAUUAAAUAACAUUAGGUAAACAUUGACAUGGUUUUACCAAUGCAAAAUAUAGAUGUGCAAAAUUGUUUUUUUACAACGAAUAUUGCUGAUGCAAUUUAUUUAUAUGUUAACAAGAGACCUGUGCGGGAUAAUAAAAUUGAAAAAGUAAGAACACAUAUUCAUGAAUAUGUUCAAUUCAAUUGUAUUAAUUCUUUUUUCUUUAAAUAAAUAAUUUAACUAGUUAAUUGUUGGAGAGUUCAGUAAUUAUUUUGGUCAUUAUUUACCUCCAGGCAAGUAUUUGCCAUGUUUUUUAUCUAUAACUGUUCCAUCAGAUACUAUUGAUAUAAAUUUGGAACCAGACAAAAGUCGAAUAUUGUUCCAUAAUCAAGUUCAGUAUAAAACUAAUUAUAAUCAUUAUAUUACUUAUAAGUUUCAAUAAUCUAAUUUUUUUGGUACACAAUACAAUUUUUAAAUUAAAUGGCAAGUAAUCAUAUUAAUAUUAAAUAUAAAUAAAAAUUCAUUUUCAGGAUAAGAUAUUGCUUAAUCUUAAAAAUUGUAUUAACAAACACUAUUACAAUGAUACUGUAGAGAAUGAUCAACUAGAAAUUAAUACAGAUAUAACAAAAACACAUCUAAAAAAUAAAAGAAAAUCAUCCUCAGAUUCAGAAGAAUUUAUAACGAAAAAAUCUACAGUUGUAAUGUCACAAAUUAAUAAUUCUUUUAUACCUAAUGCUGAAUCAACGAAAAUUAUUAAUGAUAAUUCGUUUGAUUCUGAAAUGACAAAAGAUGAGCACUCAGAAAUUAUUGAACACUUAAGGUUAGAACAAAUUGAUUUUGAAGAGCCAUUUACAUCAAACGAAAAUAAAGAAGAUAAAAAACAAAAUUCUGAAAAUAACGAUGAAAAUAAAAUUGAUGAUAUAAGAGAGUAUCGUAAAAAAUUAAUGAAUGUAACAAAAAAUAUCCCUCUUCAAUCAAUUCAAUGUGAUAAUGCAAAUGUUAAUAAUUUGAAUGCUGAAAAUAUAUCUAUUUCUCAAUGGAGUAAAGGUGAUGUAAUUUUAAAUGGAAAAUCAUUGAAGGUAUUUCUGUGUUUUAUUGUGUUGAAAGAUGUAUUAUUGUAUAUAUUAUGUGUAAGUAUAUUUUUAGGGCGGUGUAUCAAUAAAAGCUGAUAUUUCAAAUGAAACCUUAGAAAGAAAUACAUUGCAUAAAAUUGUUAAAGCAAGUGAAAUUCUUCAGUCUAACAGUCUAAAUGAUGGUAUUGAAUAUUUAUGAUAUUAAUUAUUAUAAUUGUGAUGUACAUUAAAACAGAGUUUUUUAGUUCAGGUUUGGUAAAAGUUAGAUAUAAUGAAGGUUGUUAUGGAGUAAGGAUGGACAUCUAAUUAUAAGUAGAUCCAAGAAGUUCAAGUAUUCAAGUCUAGUCACAUAAGAGAAUAGUUAACUUGUACUAGAAUAUGUAGAAUUAGUUAUGGCUUGAUAAAGGGGAAGCAAUUAAAAACGUUGUGUGAUUAAGGUUAUCGUGUAAAAGGGAAAUAUUAUUAAACUAGUUCUAAGAUCAAUGAUGAUGUAUAGAUUUGAGCAUUGGGCAUUGGAUAAGAGUUGAAAUAAAAAUGGAAAUGGUAGAAAUAAGUAUGUUAAAAUGGAUGGGUGUUAUCACUAGAUUGAAGGGGAUUAAAAAUGUAUAUAUAAGAUGAAAUUUAGAAAUAGUGAGUAAAACAGGUAAAAUAAUUUAAUUAAUUAUUAUAUAUGGACAUGUAAAGUCCAUAUACAUGAGUCAAGUGUAGAUGGUAGCUUAGAAAAAGUAGACUAAAGACAAAGUAAUUAGUAAUUGUUGAGGGAAAUAUGAAGGUAUGUGUAGUAGUUGAAGUAAUUGUGUAAUAAGAGUAGUGACCCCACUUGUACUAGGAUAAAGGAGAAGAUAAAGAAGAGAAGACUUAUAUUUAGUAUUUAUAUUUAAUAUUUAUGUAUUAAACUUAUAUAAUAACUUCUAUAAUUUUUACUAAUUCACACAGAAUUAACUCUUGAUGAUAUUUGAUAUUUUGUUCAAUAAAAUAAAAUAUGUUAAUUUUUCAGAACCUCAAAAGGAUGAACUAGUUAAAAUAGAUAAUAAUUUAUCUGUUCCAAUUGAAAAAAAAACUACUAAAGAUUAUAUACCAGAUACUACAUUACAUAGUAGUACAAAACUAGCACCUCUUUUUCGUAUGGUUUCUAUUCCUGAUGAACAAGUUCCUGGUUUGAACCAUUUAGUUAAUAGACCACAAUCAUGGAUGCCUCAACCAAGAUCAAAAAGACCUAUACGAGGUAUUUUUAUAUUUUAAUAUUGUAUUCAAAAAAUAUUAUAUGUUAUGAACAAAAUUUACCCUUUCUUAAUUAUUUAAUUUAACACUGAUAAAUACACAUAUUAAUUAAUCAAUUAAAUUUAUAUUCAUGUAAUCCAGAUAUUUCUGAAGAAGUCCUUAGUGAAACCGCUCGUAGUGUUAGCAGUCAAAUGGGAAACAAAGAGAUGUCAGGCUUUACAUUUUUCGCCAAGGAAAUGAGAAUAAAAAGUAUUUAUAUUCCUUAUGACAGCAGUUCUUAAACUUUUAGUGCACAUGAAAGACUUUUAGAAAUCGCGGACCCCCUAUUUUUACCUUUGAAUACCAUUUUUUUUACAAAAUAUCUCAUGUUAUCACAAUCAAUAUUUACUGAUAGACCACGGACUAUAAACCCUGGCAUGAAUAUUGCAGACCACAGUUUAAGAAUAGCUGUCUUAUAAGUUAUAAUUAAAGGAAAACUAAUCUUAAAAUAUAUUUUAUUAAUUAUAUAGUUCUUAAAGAAAAUCCUGGAAUGGAUUUUACAAAAGUAAGCAAAGAACUUGCAAAAUUGUGGGGAUGUUUGAGUGAAGAUGAAAAAGAAAAUUAUAAAAAACUAUCUAUUGAACGGAAAAAAUUUCCAAUGGCUACUAAAGCAAAUGAAAUUCAAUCCUCAAAAAAAUCAUUUCAGUUCAUAUUUAAGAAUCUUAAAAGACAUUCUACAUUAAUCAAUAUAGAACUAUGUGAAAUAAAAAAAAAUAUUUUUGAAAAGCCCAAAAUACCGUAAGUAUUAUAAAUAAUAAUUUGUGGUUGAAAAUACCUUAGAAUUAAAUUAAGUUGUACUAUUUAAGUUAGAAUUGAUUAAUUUACAUUGUAUUAUAUGAAAGAGAUUACUAUAUUCUUAGGACAUGAAAUGAGGAAGUAUGUGAAAUAAUAGGUGGCUUCUAGUAGUAUAGAUACUAAUAAUAUGUUUUACUUAUUGUUACUAUUAAUGAUUUUUUUUUUAUUAACUAGAUCACAAUUUAAAAUGUAAUUUAUAUUUUAAAAGAAUUUUACGAACAUAUUGUAUUUAUGAUAUUUUUUUUUGUGGAUAUAUUGCUGUGCUAUGAGGGAGUACUUCACCUUUGCAAGUAGUCCUUCCCCUUGUAUCCGCAUUACAUCGUUUAUUGAGAAAAUAACGAAUAAUUUAUUAAAAUUGAUUUAUUACAGAUGAAGGGCUCUGUCCUUCUUAGUUUUGUCUUCAGCUCAUAUUAUACUUAACCUUAACACCUAAUGUUUUGUCUUUUGCGUUCUUCUUCCUCUCGCUAUAAAAGUACUUGGACAUAUUUCUUUAUUGCUUCCCAGUUGUUUCUGGAUUUGAAAAUGUUGUCGACCACAGUAUCCUGCUCAAAGACACCUUCAAUACGUUCCUCAAGUUCCACUCCUUCUGCUAUAUCCUGAAUGUUUCUUCUCACUCUAUUCUUCCUAUUUAUUUUUGCUCUGAUUCUGCUCUAUACCGUAUCUUAUUUGUCUCUCCCUGGCUUGUAAGUGUAUCGGAAUAAGCCCCACUACUACUAUAAUCGCAGCCACGGAAACCGCCUUAAACGCUACUACCACUCUUAAUGCAAUGGAUCUUUGAGGUCUUUGAAUUAUAUAAAUAUUUGUUUGUAUACUAAUGCGCCGCCCAAACUGGAGCCGCGUAUAGCAAUUGGCUGAUAACUACUAAUACUAAUAGCUGUCGUUACCGCUGUCUUGAGUACCCUACGUUCAGCAUCAGCCUUGAUAGGGCUGAUGAUAAGGAGGAUGCUUUUGUCGAAACUGUUUCAAGGUUGCGGCCACAUGUUACUGUUUGACGUCCUUCCUCAUCAAAAACGACUGCUUGGUCAUAUAAGUAGUCAUGGAUGAUUUCCAAUAGGUACCCUGGUACUCUUUUAUUGCACAAUACUUCUUCGAUUUUUCUCUACCUUGCCGAAUUUAAUGUACCGGUACAUCUGCUGCCUGCUUUUAUAAUUUCCGGAGACCUUUGUAAUUGUAAAUUGUAGAUUGACCCUUCCUGAAACCAUACAUCACUCAGGCCACCAACAUUUUCUAAAUGUGCCUUUAGUCGUUCUUUAAUGAUGCACUCAAAUAGCUUGCCUACUGUGUUGAGGAGACAUGGGUCGAUACGAUGAUGGCUGCUCUAGGAGUUUGCCUCCUUUUUUGAGCAGUUCUAAAUUCACCGUUUUCCACGUCUUAGCAAAGGAUCCAUGGUUAAAAUACAAAUUGAAUAUUUCUAAUAGAAUUUGUGGUCUCAUCAUCACUAUCUCCUUUGUAGCUAUAUCCAAUAUUCCAUCUGGACCCGGUACCUUACCCUAGGAUAUAUUUAGGAUAUUAAUAUGAUUUUAAUAUUUAUAAUAAAUUUAAUAAAAUAUUACAUUUUAUUUUUAUGAUAGUUCAUUUGAAUUCAGUUUAAUUGGUCAAAUCGAAAAAAAUAGUUGGAUUUGUUGUGUACGCAACAAGAUACAUGUAGUAAAUAUUUGUUGUCUUCAAGAAGCUGUCAUUUUCUACCAGAAAUUGGCCAAUGAUGCAAUGCCACUUAAAAUUUUAGACCAACCUAUUAAAACAAAUAAAAAGUAAUUAAUGGCGUAGCAUUUAUAAUUAAUUAUUAUUAUAACUAUUUGCUUAGAUAAAUUUUACUUGCUGUAAAUAUUACUUGUAUAUUUCAUACUUGCACAAAACACUUUUGUAAUCAUAAGAGUAUUACUCUUAUGGUUUUGACACAUAAGUGUUUUUAGAAUUAACGAAUGAGUUUAAGUUUUUUUUUGUUUAAAGAUAUUUAGGUGAAAAUAAUUUUAGUUUUCUUAUGGACUUGGCUACUUCAUAUGAACCAUCAGUUGAGAAGUAUACUGUUAAAGAUGAAAGAAUAAUUAAAAAUGGUUUUAAUAUUGUUAUUGCAUUUAAUGGUAAGAUAUCUACACUUGAUGAUAUUCUUGUCUUGUAUUGAAACACAAUUUGUAAUUUUGUAGAUGAUAAUGCUAAUCCAGAUAUACUUAUUACUGAUGUUGCUUUACAUAUAUCAACAUAUGGCGCUGAGGAACUUAAACAGCUUUUAGAACUAAUGCAAAUGGAAAAUAAAAAUGAUUUAUCUUGUUGUCGUCCAUUGAAAGUCAUUAACUAUUUACGGGUAGGUAAUCAUUUUUAUUAUAAUUAUGACACUUACAUGAAUAAAUUACAACUUUUGUGUUGUUUGUAUAAUUUAGAGUGAAACAGUGAGAUAUCUUAAAGUAACUGAACCUCUUGAAACUAAAGAAGAAAUCAAUAAUUUAUUGAAUUAUUGGUUUAAAAAUGAAAAGGCAUUCUUACAUAAUACUUGUGUUCAUCAUAAAAAUGUUUUCACACCAAUACACACUAUCAACAAUUGAUUAAAAUUUUAAUAAUUAUUAAUGUUAAGAAAUACUUAGAUAAGUAAUUCUUUUUUUUUUCUGAACGAUAGGUAUAUUGUAAAUAUGAAUAUUUAAAAAUUUAAUUAGUAUUUAAGUGUUAUGUAUACUAUUUGCUAUUCUGUAAAAUAUAAAUUCUGGCUGUUAAGAUUAAGCAUUUAAUGGUUAAUUAUUUUUAUUUAUUAAACAUUCUUAUUUAUUAGUACACACUUCUCAAAUCCCUAGUGUACACUUCCAAUUUAGGAUUACACAUUUUAUGCCAAGGUUCACUAAAAAUAGGUGCUGGUUAUUAUUUUAAAUGUAUUAAACUGCAUUUGAUUGUUUUCAC